AUGACAACAUUACAUAGUGCACGAAAAUCAGCAGCUUCACAUCAUGAUAUAACAAAUGAUGAUGCAACUAAAGCAUUACGUAUCUAUGAUGAUAAUGGGUAUUUACCAAUACAUAAAGCAGCUUUUCAUGGACAUGAAGCAACAAUAAAAAAUAUAUUAGAUGAUGCACAACAAAGAGAUGAACUUGAAGAACAACUUGAAGCUAGAACAGAAAAAACUGAAUUCACUCCAUUAUUACUUGCAGUUACCGUAGGACGAUUAGAAAUUAUUGCAAGUUUACUUAAAUAUCCCGUCAAUUUAAAUGCAGUUGAUGCAAAUGGAAACGGUAACUAA